AUGUCAUACAACUAUGUUCCACUCCCUGUCCCAUUGAUCAACCUCAUCAAGACCUAUGACAUUUCAGCAGCCCCAUGGAUGAAAUCCCAAAGGGUCAAUUUGGUGACCUCUCAUUUUCAGCAGUUUGACGACAAUUUCAAGGUACGCAUGUCGUCUCCAAGUGUUUUGGAUGCCCAGUUUGUAUCAUUUCACAAGGAAGCUUCACCAGAAUAUGCUGUCUAUGAAGAUUUUAUCCAUCUGCAUAUGGAUAAGGACAGACGACCCACAGUUUUCUUUGAUGAAAUGUACAUUCAUCAGGCCUUGGUGACAGACAUUGAUCCAGUGACCGUGACCUUGGAUCAUCAAUCGCUCCUUCUGCCGUGGGACACAGAAGAUAGGACUAGCCAAAGCACCACCUCUUGGUGUGUUGAACAGUUUGCUGGAGGCUUUGGAGGAUGGGCCUUUGGUUUAGCUUUCUUGCACCGAGCGGGAUUUCCGAAGUAUCAUGUCCUCAGUGUGGAAGCCGAAUUGUCGUAUGCCACCCAAUACGCCUUGUCACAUGCAAGUAACAUGGUAGGAGACCCAGCAGGUAUGCCUGAACAGUUUUUGCUCCACAUGCAAGAAGAUGUCAUGGUUUGCGGGAACAUCCAAGAAAUGCAUUGGCAAAAGCUUCUUCAACAUGUUUAUGCUUCAUUGUGGUGUAUUUCUGCUCCAUGCAAGUCCUGGAGUUUUGCUGGAAGCCAAGAAGGCUUCUCCAACCAAGAUGGAUUGACGUUGGCCCAUGCCAUUGCGCACUGUAGGAUUCACCAGCCGAAAUAUGCCAUGAUUGAACAGGUAGCAGGGUUUGAAAGCCACAUGCACUUCCCAAUUGCCAUGCGUUUGAUGCAAUGGGCGGGAUAUGAACCGGUUUUGCAAGGAGUUUUUGACCUGGGAAAUCUCACACCUUGCAGACGCACUAGGUGGUUAGGAGUUUUUGCACAUCAUGCAUGCACACAGCCUCAUAUGCAGCCGCAGAAAUGGCCCACCAAUUCCACCACAACACGGCAGUAUGACAUGAUUCUCAACCUGUCCCAUCAGCAGUGCCGUGAAUUCGAACCAACCGUCCAGCAGGCAGCCUUCUACUUUGAUGCCAAUUUCAUGCCUGGAGCCACCAAAGAAGGUUUGAUGCCGAUGCAAUUUUACAGCCCAGAGCUCACCCAAGAGCUUGAGAUUGCUGCCAGAAACCGCAUCCCAAACACGCAAGUGGAUUCACCAGAUCAAACGGGAGAAUUUUUGCAGGUUGCCCCAAUUUUGAUUCCAGGCGAAUAUGGGAAAUUGCGUAUCCACAAAGAUGUCACCUUGCUCACUUUGCUGCGAUUGUGGAACUACCAGAUUGGUCCUGAUUUCCCGAUUUCCCAUCAAGACUUGGAGUGUUCAAUUAUGCAAUUGUUCUCCGAAUCACAUGUCAUGCUCAUGCCUCUUGCUCCAGAGAUCCAGGAGAUGCUGACACAAACAGCCCUUGCACGACCUGAUGCAAACACAAUCAUCUUGCACCGAUCCAGCACUGAUUUGAGCAUGUAUGAAGUUGCUCAUGGAAAGACAUGGCGCAUGGUGAAGCAGACCUUUCCAGACCUUCAAUCAGCCCAAUAUGAAUUGUUUGGAGAUUUGCAGGAAUCCACUCUUUUCACGAGGGACACAGAGAUCCAUGAUCAGGUUGCACCCUUUCAGGUGCCAGCACUUGCACAGACAGUUCUGAGGCAAUUGCACGAUGUAACCUUUGAAGUGGUUUGUCCUCCGAAAACUGAUAUCCUGAUUCUCCAUUGCGAAGGAUCCCAGCAAGCCCGUGAAGCAUUCCUUCAGUUUUGGGGCACGGAAGACCACCGCCGAUGGAUGUUGCAAGUAGGAAGGCAAAUGAAUUACCAGUCCAUUGAUGAUCGUACCUGGAGGGUGUUUUUUCGACCGGCACUUCCGGAAGCAGCCAUGCCAAUUGCGAUUUUUCGUGAUGCACUGUUUUGGAAUGCUGUUCGCACUCUUUUCAUGUCCAUGCACACUGCAGAGGGUCUUCCAGUCAAGAUCAAACUGUUUGGUCGUACGCUCUGUCAGGUGUCCCUGAGCUUUGAUUUAGCUUGUGAGACCUUUUUGCUGGCCCUUCAGCACAUCCGACAGUUGCAUCCCAGAAGAGGCAAUCCGAGCCUUCAUGCAUCCGGAAAACGCUGUGGGGACAUUUGCACCAUCCGAGACAUCCACAGCCGACUCACUGGCACAUCAACAGUCCCUGUUUUGCAUAUCGGCAUGCCAAUUUCGGGGGGGGGACCGACCACCAAGCAUCCCACUUCCAAGAUGGACUUUCACAAAUUGGUGCAAUCUGAAGUUGCCAACCGAUUUCUUCAGUAUGGUUUGGAUUUGCCUCAAGUAACAGAUUCCACUUCCAAGUUGAUUGAAAAGGUAGGUAAGUACCAGAAGCUUCGAUCACAGCGAACCCAUGCAGCGACAGCCAAGAUCGACCCAGCAAAGUAUCAGCUGACUGAAGGUUUUUUCGUCAAUGCUGACAAAACUCCUACGCCAAUUUUGAGUCAAUUUUCAUGGCAGAGCACAGGGGUUGUUCUUUUGACAGCCGAACAGGCACUUCCAAUCAUGACCAUUGCUACCGCAACUGUUCCAGAUGAACUUGCCAUUUAUGUGCCAGGUGAUUUUGCAGUCCCCGCCAAAUUUCAUCAUUUCCACACCAAUGCACCAGCAGUUGAUGAUCUUGGGCGCCAAGUCCUGCUUACAGGCCAACUCAUCCAGUUUGGAUCAAGACAUAUUCAGACCAAUGUCCUUCCUGACCAAAUCACUACCAAGGAAGUCCAAGUCCUAGCAGUGACUUUGUGGAAAGAGGAUUUUGACCCCCCUACAUGGGAGCGUAUCAAGUCGGCCCCAGUGAAAACGACCAGAGAUUUGCUAAUGUUGGAGGGCUAUGGGGAAUUGAUGUCAAAGCCAUGGGGCCGAGCCUAUAGGGCUAAGGGCAAACCAGUGCCUCCGGAACACGCUGAGUCGAUCCAGUUCCAUGCAGAGUUCCAACGUUGUCCCCGCCUGAAUGCAUUGCUUCGGAUUUCCGGUUUCAAUAGAAUAUAUUUGACUCCAAAAUUGGCUGAUGGACAAAUUGAUUCUGCCUGGAAAGUGAUAUGGAUUCAGGGGACGUCACAACACAUCGAAAGCCUCUCUGCUCAGAUUGAUGGAGCCGCUGGACUUCUGCGCAGUACCAAGUCAUUUGGACUUCGGGUUGAAGCAGGAUCUUUUGCCACAGCCUGGUUACGCCUCAAACCUGACCAAGAAGCACCAGAUGUCAGACAGCGCAAGCAUACAUUCCGACUUCAACCUCUGCCUGUGGGCACAGACAAAGACAUUUUGGCCAAAUGGGCAGCUCAGGUGCAAUGGGACAUUCGCCCGCUCCGAUCCAUUGGAGCCAAGACAUGGCUGGUUGCAGCCGAUGAGCCACCACCGCCAUUGCUUUGCUUCAAUACCCAACCAUUGCUGGUUCAAAAGGUCACCCAAAAGACCAUGCACAACUCAGGUGAUAUCAUUGCGGGCCCACGACAACCCCCGGCGACCAAGCCAGGGGCGCAGACGGCACAUCCCAAGCUAAAUGUUUUCUUUGAAGGAGAUCCCCACAUGGACCCUUGGGCACCCGAGAAGAAAGAGCAUUUAGAAUCAAAACUCACAGGUAGUGAAGCUGCAGUCUCAGCACCUAGCCGAUCCUUGCCGGGCCCUGUUAGCGAUCAGUUCCAACAACAAGGCAGCCGACUUCAAGCGCUUGAAACAGCAGUUGCGAAGCUUCAUGAAGACCAAUUGAAGUUUGCCUCAACUACUGACCAAAAGAUUUCGCAGGUUUCUGACCAACUCCACAAGCACAUGGGAGACACCAAGAAUAGCAUUGAGCAUUUGCACAAGGAACAGCUCAGCAUGACACAAUCCAUCGCCCAAGCCCUGCAGAGACAAGAUGACAGACUUGCUUCAAGCAUGGAUGAAUUGAAGUUCUUGUUCUUGCAGACCAGAGGACCGGACAUACCAGAUGAUUCUGAUUCAGACCUUGUGACUUUUGCUAUCACCAACCCCACAGCAGUUCAUCAGAAAGCUGCUGAUUUGGCCCUGCUGAAAGCGGACUGCCUGAUCCUUUCAGAAACCAGUGCCACGAGCUUAGUCCAGUCUGCAGCUUCAUCUGAAUUUCGUGCCCAUGGCUACAAGACCAUCUGGGGUGCACCUGUGCCCCAGCAACUUAAGCAAGGGGACCCAAAUAGCUUUAGCGGGGCUGCUAUUGGCGUCGCCUAUGACCAUAAGGUGCGACUUCAAAAGCUUCAACAGUACCAGCAAGAUUUAGAUAGCAAAAGAUUCGGGCGAUCAGUUGUCACCUUUCCAGAUACUGUGGAAGUGAUGCAGCCACGAGACACUGCUGAACCCAAAGAAGUGGCGGACCAACUUUCCAUUUACUGGCGACAGUUUUGGAAUCGAGACAGUUCUGGAUCCCAGCAUAAUCUUGAUCAUUGGGAAGCCUUUGAAGCUCUUCGCCGUCAGAUUCCCCCCAAACAGAUUCUGACAGUUGAUGUCACUAGUGUAGAGUUGCUUCAGACAGCCAUUGCACAGAUGUCAUCCACCACCUCUAGAGGUUGUUGUGGUUGGUCUUCAGAUGAACUCAAAGAUUUGCCUGUCAAUUGUGUGCGUGACCUUUUGCAUCUAUUCAACCUCAUUCAAGAGGAGGGAUUUCCUGACUGGAUGAUGCAAGCUCGAGUUCUGCCUAUUGCUGAAGCAUUGUCCAUUGGAAUUGAUUGGGGGAAAACUUGGGCUUGGGGCACCUCUCAGCCGCAUCAAGAGGCUUUGCAGGCUGCUAAGGAACAUUUGGCACGCCAUUUUACGACCAAUCUAGCCCGGCUUGCCCACGAAAGUAAGCAGAUGAAAGAUAUGCUUUGCCAACAUCUGACCAUGCGAGCAGAAUUGGCAGAGUUACGCAAACGUUUGGAAACAGAAACCGUCCAGACAGAGACAGUUGACAUGGACAGGUUCGUCCUUGCACAUGCGGGGGACGGGCCGCGGUGCAUCAUGGCCUUGACGAAUCUGGAGGUACCUCCGAAUGUGCAUCUGAGCGAGCUGAAUCCCCACCUUGACUUGAAGGAUUUCCUGGUGGUGCCCUCAUCCAGCCAUGUGGUGUCCGAGUCUGCACCAAAAAUGGGUUUGUCCUCCUUUGGCUUCGGUGGCACCAACGCGCACGCUGUUCUGGCGCGACGAGGGCCGCUCAGGCCACCUGGGGACGAAGUGAACUUCAAGAGCGUGCCAUUCCCCUGGGCACAGGUACCUCGCCUUCUGCGUCUCUAUCGCACUGGCAAGGAGACUGUUUUCGAGGUGCAGCUGGAUAAGGACCUGCUGGAGUAUCAGCGUCAGCUCUACAAGCAGAAGCAGAUCUCACCAGCUCUGUUGGUGGCAUUGGCCAUGGAAGGUUGCCGACGGCAUGUAAAGCAAGCUGCUUCAGUGCAACUGAAAGCAUUGAAGAUGACCGCACCUUGCAUUCUGCCGUCUGACUACGAUGGUCACACCUGGCUUCGCCUGUCCAUCAACGAGCAGCAGUUUGAGGUCGGAAGCAGGCACCGAUUUUCUCAAAAGGCCUGGCAGAUUCACUGUGUGGGGCGUUUCAGCACGCAGGUUGCAACGCGGCCGUCUACUGCAAGCCUGGGAUCCUUGAGCAUCCUGGGAGGAGUGAGAAGGUGACGGUCAGAUGUGGGUUUUAAGAUGUCCAGAAUGGGAAGACAUGGGGAUAAGACCAUCACAGAUAGGGCGUAGGCAUCAAAAAAAAAUAAAGGACGAAAAGAAGAAAGACA